UUGGCUUGGAGAUAAAUGGUCCAAAAUGGCAAUGCCUUUUCAGCGGCACCAAAGAAAAUUUUUUCUAAUUUUUCGUCAAAGUCCUCCUCUACUUUGGUUCGCUUUAAGACAGAAGAUCAGGCAACUCUCUUUAAAACUAAGUUUGAGGAAUGCCAAGCUGCGUUAAAGAAGAACACGACCGCAGUAAAGCCAACGUUGGCCGAGUCAAACAUUGUUUCAACUCUAGCUGUGACUCUAAAAGAAGGUUCUUGGGAAUGCCAAGGAUGCUUUGCGCGCAAUGAUGCUACUGUGCUAAAAUGCCCUUGCUGUGAAGCCAUGAAACCUGGAGAGACUCUACCUACUUUUACUCCUCAACCGGAAGUGACAGGUGCAACAAAUGACGCCGAAGAAGAAGAGGAAGAAGAAGGUGAAGAUGAAGAAACAGUUGAAGAAGAUCAAGAUGAAGAAGAAUAUGAAGAUUUGGAGGAGUCCAUUAUGUUCGAGAAGCGCUGCACACUCUCGUCCCUGGAAGGUGGUCAGACCGACAAGAAAUGGGUGCUUUUAGGAACCGGCAAUCUUAAAAUUGUGUAUGACGAUGAGAUGUUGUGUGCGAGGAUCGUUGUCGAAGAUGUAAAUGAGCAGUUGCUCUGUGACAAUGUCAUUGCUAUUGAGACUGAGCUAAAGGUUGAUAACAAAGAGUGCGUAUGGUCGGCUAUCGAUUAUUUGUCUGAGGAAUCUGUGCACAGAACUUUCCGUGCCCAGUUCAGCUCUACUGACGCUGCGCUUGAAUUCCAAUCGAUGUUUUCCGAAGCGAAGCAGUAUGCAGAGAAAUCUGAUGUGCACGACGAGCCUGAUUUACACGCAGCGGGUUACGACCAUAGCAAUGACGAUCACGGAGACUAUGUCGAAGGUCAAUCCAUGCCAUCUGAAGGAGCCGUCACGUCUUUCAAGCCGGCAGUACUUGUUCGUGCUUGUGAUCCGAAAUUAGCCCAAGCGCUAUCAGAUAUUUUAAAUGAUGUGAAUUAAAUGUUUUCUGCCUAUUUUUUGGUAGGUCAGGGGAAUAUCCCCCUUUUUGAUAUGACGUUUCUUUCAGUUGUAAAUGAUUGAACUCACUCGUUUU